AACGGUCAAGAAUGAUUAUGAAACUUGUAGCCUGCAACUUAGAUCUGCUCUUAAAAAGUUUGCUGAGAGAUACAAUUCAGCAAAAACUAGAUCUAUCCCGGUAUUGGCAUCCAUUCUUUAUAAUAUAGGUCGUGAUACAGACCCACUUGUACGG